UUGUGGCAACAUUUUAAAUUCCUUCAGUGUUGAUGUUUUCGUGUGGCGAAGGUUGAGCGGCUUCUAAAGUCUAGAAAUUUUUCGUAGGAUUGAUAUAUGUAAAUUUAGCACCAUGUCGCUGAUUAUCCCAGACAAGUUCCAGCACAUCUUGCGUUUGAUGAGCUCCACUGUUGAUGGCAAGCGGAAGGUUAUGUUUGCCCUUACUGCCAUCAAAGGAGUUGGUCGUCGCUAUGCCAACAUUGUUCUCAAGAAGGCCGACAUUGACAUCAACAAGAGAGCAGGAGAACUCACUGAAGAAGAGGUUGAGAAGGUCGUUACGAUCAUGAACAAUCCUCGUCAGUACAAGAUCCCUGACUGGUUCCUCAACAGACAGAAGGAUGCCAAGGACGGCAAAUACGGCCAGGUGCUUGCUGCUAACCUGGAAGGUAAGCUUCGUGAGGAUCUCGACCAUCUAAUCAAGAUCACAGCGCAUCGCGGUCUUCGUCAUUACUGGGGCCUUCGUGUGCGCGGUCAGCACACUAAGACCACCGGCCGCAGGGGCAGGACUGUUGGUGUCUCCAAGAAGAAAUAAAUAUUCUUUAUUUCGCGUCGA